AUGGCGAGGGGGCCGACGGCUGGCGGCCAGGCAGCGGCCCGCGGCCCGCGGCCAGCGGCCAGGCAGCCGCGGCGGCGGGGUGGCCGCGGCGAGGCAGCUGGCGCCGGCGGGGUGCCGCGACGAGGUGGCCGGCGGCCAGGAAGCCCGGGCGCGGGGGCCGCGGCGAGGCUGCUGGCGCCGGAGGGGUGCCGCGACGAGGUGGCCGGCGGCCAGGAAGCCCGCGCUCGGGCGGGGAGCGAGGCCACGGCGAGGUGGCCGGCGGCCGGCGGCCAGGAAGCUCGCGCGGGGUGGGCCGCGGCGAGGCAGCCGGUGCCGGCGGGGUGGCCGCGGCGAGGCAGCCGGCGCCGGCGGCCAGGAAGCCCGCGCUCGGGCGGGGAGCGAGGCCACGGCGAGGUGGCUUGCGGCCGGCGGCGAGGCACUGGGCGCGGGUGGGGAGAGGCUACGACGAGAGUGCGACCGGCGGCCGACGAGCAAUUGAAUGAGAAGUCAUUGUUGAAACUCUCACUCAAUUGUGUACUUCUCAUUCCUAAUGUGAAGACAUCCUUCAUAUAA